AUGCAGACACCUACUUCAAGACCCGGUUCUCUUCAGAUGGUGCAAAAAUCAUCGUCGUCUACACCAAGAGUCGUUCGUAAGCUAAAAGUUACCGGAUCAGAUUCCGAUUCUCCGAGUCCGGUCAGCAAAAUGACAAAGGACAACAAAAGUUCUAAAGUAAUCGACCGAAGGUCACCGCGAAAUCUGAUAACCGAGAAGAAAAAACCAAUUACCCGAGUCUCGGAGCUCGAAUCCCAGCUGUCCCACCUCCAAGAUGAACUACAAAAGACCAAAGACCAGCUAACCUCGAGCGAGUCUCUCAAAAGAAAAGCCGAGCUGGAGGCUGACGAAGCCAAGCGACACCUGGCCGCCACAUCAGCAGAGCUCCAAGAGACCCGGAUCCAGCUGGACGAGAUAUCCGAAUCCGAGGACUCCCGUCUUCAGGAGCUUCGGAAACUAUCCCACGAUCGAGACCGAGCCUGGCAAUCCGAACUCGAAGCUGUCCAAAAGCAGCACGAGCUGCAAUCAGCCGCAUUAUCCUCCGCCAUAAACGAGAUCCAAAAGCUAAAAGCCCAGCUCGAACGAGCUCGGGAGGACUCGACUCGAGCCGAAGCCGAAUUGGAGGAGUCGAGGGAUAGGGUGAGGUCGUUGGAGGGCAAAAAGUCGGUUGUUGAGAAAACCGGGGGGGCUGAUGAGGAAUUAUUGGAAAGUCUGAGGACUGAGGUACAAAAUCUGCAGGCCGAGCUCGAAGCUGCCGAGAGGAGCUACCGAGACGAGUACAUACAGAGCACGCUUGAGAUCAGGAACGCGUACGAGCUCGUCGAGAGGGCAAAAUCGGAAUCGAACUAUAAAGUAGCCGAAUUAAAGUCAAUGCUCGACGAGUCAAAAACCGAUAUUCAAGAACUCACCGAGAGAGAAAUCGAGCUCGAGCUCAACUCAGAAACUCUAGAAUCGACAUUACGAGACCUCACGUCGAAAUUGUACGAAAAAAGUUUGGAAAUCGAGAGGAUGGCGAAAGAGAACGAGUUACUAAAAUCGGAAAUGGAGAAGAAAGAAGUCGAGAGGAGGAAAAUCGAGCACGAGGGCUUGAUAAAGCUGAGUGCUUUAACAGAGGAAGCGAGUAAAAGCGGGAAAAGAGCCGAACGUGCAGCUGAGCAGCUCGAUGCGACUCAGGUUUCGCACUCGGAAUUGGAAGCCGAGCUGAGGAGGCUGAAAGUACAGUCGGACCAGUGGAGGAAGGCGGCUGAGGUGGCAACUGCCAUGCUGUCCGUCAACGGGAAACGAGUUGACUAUCGCGUGAUUGGAGGGAAAUUGGGUUCGGAAAACGGUGGUGGUGAUACGGAUGAUGAUGAGUGUGGAGCCGACGAGGAGUCGGGGAAGAAAAGGAAUGGUAAUAAUGUGUUGAGGAAGAUUGGUGAGCUGUUGAAGAAAGGGCAGAAGUAG